GUCAUUCGGUUAAAGAUGAGCAAGCGCAAAGCACCAACAAAUGACAAUCCAAACAAAGAUAUCAUUGAUUUUUUGAUGGAAUUAGGUGAAUACGAAAAAAAUGUCUCUAGGAUGAUGCAUAAAUAUAAAGCUUAUAGAAAAGCUGCAUCGAGUAUAGCAAAACAUCCAACAAGGUUAUCAUCCGGAAAAGAAGCUCAAACUUUGGAAAAUGUUGGUAAAAAAAUUGGUAAGAAAGUUGACGAAUUCCUAGCGACUGGACAACUGCAAAAAUUAGAAAAGAUUAGAAAAGAUGAUACAUCACAAUCAAUUAACGCAUUGGCAAGUGUUACUGGUAUUGGUCCUGCUGCCGCCCAAAAAUUUUUUAAAGACGGAAUAACAUCAAUUGAAGAAUUAAGAAAAAAUACAGAUAAAUUAAAUAAACAACAGAAAAUAGGAUUAAAAUAUUAUGAAGAUUUUAAGAAACGAAUCCCUAGAAAAGAGAUGAUCGAAUUACAAGAUAUUUCAUUUAAAGUAAUACAUAAAAUUGAUAAAGAGUAUGAAGCACGUGUUUGCGGUAGCUUUAGAAGGGGUGCAAGCUCUAGUGGAGAUAUUGAUAUCUUACUUACACAUCCAGAAUUUACUUCGACAUCUGGUAAGAAAUCUCAUCUUUUGAAAGCCGUUGUUACUCAAUUGGAAAAAGCAAAAUUUAUAACAGACACCUUAUCAAUGGGAGAUAGUAAAUUUAUGGGCGUUUGCAGAAUCCAAGAUAAAAAGGAUGAAACUGGUGAAGACUACCCCUUCAGACGAAUAGAUAUUCGUCUAAUUCCUCAUGACCAAUAUUAUUGCGCACUAUUAUAUUUUACUGGAAGUGAUGUGUUCAAUACAAAUAUGAGAUUACAUGCAAUUGAAAAUGGUUUUACAUUAAACGAGUAUUGCAUCAGACCAAUGGGAUCAACGAAUGUCCCUGGAGAAGCUUUACCUGUAAGAUCUGAAGAGGAUAUCUUUGAUUACUUAGAUAUGAAAUAUACAAAACCAGAAGAUAGAAUAUAA